UUGGGAGGAGCCAACCUUACGCACGCUACCGUAGUAAACGGUCAGACACCCGUAUGUUCUCGUAGGUUAGUGUCCUGUCCGGUAGCCAACAUGUCGGUGAGAAGAGAACCCAGCGGAGGAACCGUCACACCGGAGACAUAAAUAGCACGUCGGACAGUCAGGACAAACGGUGAAAGUUCAGAGAACCAGCCGGGGCUUCUUUAUUUUCGUGGCGGUGGGGCCUGUCGGUGGCUAAUGGACGGAUAAGAACAAACAGCCGGUAAUCCGAGGACUCGCAGGAAGGUGGUCGGGCUGGUUGGAGAGAAAGAAAGGAGCAGCGUGUUCGGGCUCUAAUCAGGACAACGAUUCUCCUUGCUGGGGGAUGUUAUCUGUAUUGUCUUAUGGCAGACUGGUAGCCAGGGCUGUCCUGGGCGGACUCUCUCAGACCGACGGUCGGGACUACAGCCUGAUUACCGCCAGUUAUGGCUAUGGAAAAGACUUUAGUAAAGGGAUCCUGAAGAAAGGGAUGUGCUACGGUGAUGAUGCCUGCUUCAUAGCGCGCCACAAGGCCGCCGAUGUUUUAGGUGUAGCGGAUGGUGUGGGCGGUUGGCGGGACUACGGUGUUGACCCAUCUCAAUUCUCUGCCACCUUGAUGAGAACCUGUGAGCGAUUGGUCAAGGAGGGACGUUUUACUCCCACUAAUCCAGUGGGGAUUCUCACCUCUGGCUAUUAUGAGCUUCUACAGAACAAGGUGCCACUCCUAGGAAGCAGUACAGCCUGCAUUGUUGUUCUGGAUCGAAGGAGUCACCAGCUACACACGUGUAACCUUGGAGACUCGGGCUUCCUUGUGGUGCGAGGAGGAGAGGUGGUCCAUCGCUCUGAUGAGCAGCAGCACUAUUUUAACACACCUUUCCAGCUUUCCAUUGCUCCUCCAGGAGCUGAGGGAGUUGUGCUCAGUGACAGCCCUGAAGCGGCUGACAGCUCGUCCUUCGACGUACAACUCGGUGACAUCAUCUUGACGGCAACAGACGGCCUUUUUGACAACAUGCCAGACUACAUGAUUCUUCAGGAGCUCAAAAAACUGAAGACUUCAAACUACGACAGCGUACUGCAGACUGCACAAAGUAUCGCAAAGCAAGCUCACAACCUUGCCUACGAUCCAAAUUAUAUGUCCCCUUUUGCACAGUUUGCCUGUGACAAUGGUCUGAAUGUAAGAGGAGGAAAACCAGAUGAUAUAACAGUGCUGUUGUCUAUAGUGGCUGAGUAUGCAGACUAAAGGUUUGCAUUCUGCUCUGGGACUGAUACUUCUUUGCUGCCUGCCUGAGUCUUCCACCUGCACCACACCCAACAUGCACUGCAGGCUGAAAGGGGGAGGCCCACCUACAUGACUCGCACUCCUAAAGGCGUGGCUGAAUUCCACGAUCGCUUCUUUUUGUUCCUUCCGCUGUUUUAAUUUGGUGCUUGAGCAGCAUAUGGGCGGUAGGCAGCUAGGGUGUGUUCAUGUUGAUCAUGAUGCAGCAGGAGCUGAGAUCACUCCCCGUGUCUCACACCGUGUCAUCUGACAAGCUGUAGGGGGUGGAAGCGAACAGACAGAGGGGUUUUCUACUUGAGAGUAGCCCUUACGCUUCAAAAAUGUGACAUUAUUAAGGAGUAAGCCAUGUAUUUGGAUAUAUUGUGAGAGUAGCGAUAGAGCGGGUUAUUGAACCUCGCUACCUAUCUUUUAUUACAUUAUUUGCUCCCGAGUGGUUUAAAGCAAGCAUAUAUUAGCCUGAAGAUGCUUAUGUGGGGAAUCGUAGGUGUUAUCAAGGAGCAGGAUGUGGAAGUUUGGGUUUUCAUGCUUCGGGGUUGGGAAUGUCAAAAAACCUGUAAAGCAAAAGUGUGACACUAGUUAAAAUGUAGGAAGGUUAAUCAAGUGUUGUCACUUAGCUGAGGGAGCUGUUGAUGCACACAUUCUGUAAGGUUGUAAAUAUAAUUUUGUUUUGUUUUUUAGGAUUGUGUUUUUGAUGUCAUUUAACAGAUGAAGCAAAGAGUUAUUCAUGUGGGAGAUAAACGCAUUCAUGAACACAUUUCUUUGCCUAGAUGAUAAUCUUUAAUAACCUCCACACUUGGUGAAAUGAACAAAAUAUGUGCAGGGAUUAUCAGUAUGGCAAGUGGUUUGUGUAUUUUGUUCAAAAUCUUUGAGAUUGGUCAUACUUUCCGCCAACCUGUUCACAGCUACACUUCGCUUCUACAUUUGCUCACUCCAGGUUAAUAUUUUACUGCAUUAGUUCAGAAAAACACUCGUACUAGUAACUCUUUUUGCCAACUAGUGGCUCUUUUGUUUGACUAGUAGGAAAAGAAAUUUGAAAAAUCAGCCAAAGUGCUGGACUACUAACCCAAAAGUCCCAACUGGUGGGCUUUUUGCUGCACUCAUCAAUUACUAGACCAAACCUGUAUCUGCCUAACUAAUUAACUAGUCAUCAAAAACCCUUACAUGUUAACUAGUUGACAUGAAUUCUACUAGUCGGCCACAGUGCUGCACUAGUAGUGCAAAAGUCCAUAGUGCCAUAGUAGUUAACUAGCUGAUAAAAAAAAUGCCUAAAGUUUUAACUAGUUGACAGUUGUACAACUAAUCAGACACAAAGUCUUAUUAGUCAGCCAAAAUACUGAUCUAGUAGUACAGAAGUUCCAGCUAAAAGGUUUUUGCCUCAUUAAUAGAUGACUAGAUAUGCUAGUUUACUAGUUGGCAUAAAAAAAUCCUGACAUCUUCACUAGUUGGCACAUGCUCUGACCUCUAAUCUGCAAAUUACCAUGAAUUGUGCACAAUCCUAAACUACAACUUUACCAAGUCAACAUGUAGAUAAAUUUGCACUAGUUUGCCAGUGCAACUUAAACUGGGUAAUACUAGGGCCCAUUAGUUGACUCGUUCAUUCAUAACCUUUAUUUCUGCAAGUUAUUCGCAUUGUGACCUGUUUAAACAGACUAGUGAGCACAUAGAAGGGUCACUUGUGAAGAAGUAGGCAGCAGAGUUUGUGUCAACUUGUUUACAUGUUAACACCAACAGGUCCACUAUUAUGACGGGUCGUUUGGUGUAGUCCUCAUAAAAAGCCUACUAGUUGGGACUUUUUGGUCUACUUCAGCUGACUUCAGUGUAGUCGCAAACUAGCUAACUAAACUGGAAAAUGAUGGCUGACAUCAAGGAUAUUUGUAUGUAUACAGAAACAGCUUGCCAUAUAUCUUUUUGUCCACUGAAUGGUUGAAGUGAUGUUAAAAUGUGAGUGUUGUAUGUGUGAGAAGUCCUGAAUGGUGAUAUUUGUUGUCUCAUAAUGCUAAAGCUAGCAGCUGGGAAUGCUUGUAGAUGCGAUGACGAGUCAGGAGUAAAUUAAAAGGAAUAAAUAUUUUUUUAACAUUAUUUUGUCUGAAAUGUGUUUUAAAAACAUACAUAUGUAUGUUUUGACAUUUCAUUUUUACUUUUUUGAUUUUUAUGUACCUAGUUGUCUUUUUUUUAAUAUAAUUUGUGUUAUAAAUAAGACCUUUUCUCAUUUCAAACACAGCACCAUUGGCUUUAUCGUUCUGUUAAGUCACUGCUGUAGGUUUGAUGAGAAGCUGCACCUCCCAAAACUUUCAAAACCGUCUAUAUUUUGUUUUCGUGGAAUAACAUUAAGUAAUUUAAAGCUAGGAAAUUGAUCUUGCAACAAACUCACCAAUGGCUUCUCUGUGGGUAUUUCUGGUAAAAUGACACCAGCUUCCCCAUAUGCUGUGUUGAAAAUGAUUUGCACAUGUUAUAAGUCCAACCAUUAAGAAUUUCUCUCAAAAGACACUUUGAAAACCUGUAGGGCAUUUUACUCAUAACACCAACUCCUUCUGCAGCCAUCAAAUUAAUGCACAUGCAUGGGAAAAAUGCAUACACUGGACUUAUCAAAAAACACAGAUUAUGGUUCAUUAUAAUUUCUCCUUUUGUCUGAAGCCUCAUCCAAACGCCUUGAAGAAAAUCUUUAGUGGUCAGUUUUAAAGCAUGUGCACCAAAGAACCUCUCUCUUUGCGUAUGUCGUCAUUGCUUUGUUCAUACAGCAAUACUGUAAGUUACUUGUGCUCAGAAGUAUGCAGCGAUCUGCAGCAUUGGUAGGAAGGUUUAGUGUGCUUAAAGGAGUGGAAGCAAGUGAAAGUUGUCUCAUAUCCAAUGUAGGCUUAGGUUUGAGUGUUUAAUGUUGCUGGAUAGUUGUAAGGGUGACACAAGCAACCAAAAAAGGAAAGCCAUAUAGCCCGGUAGGACACACUGUAAGGAGACAGGGCUCAUAAUAUUAGUACACUGUUGGUACAGUUACAGCUGAUGCUUUGUGUGUUAGGCAUUAGAGAUUAAUCAGUUCACAUGUUAAUGUUUGAGGGAGCAGUAGAACAAUCAAAAGUUUGUGUUAUGCAUGAUCAGAUUUCAUUGUUUGGGUCUACUCAGUCCUCUUUUCUCAUGACAAAACAGAAGCGGUUAUUUGAAUAUUACUUUCCUGCUGCCUGCCUGGUUCUUUCUGUUUUUCCUAUGCUGCCAGGACCAUUUUACUCGUUUCUCAUAAUGAAGGGUGAGCACAGUUUCAGCCUUAAAAGCGAGACCUGUAAAUCAAGAGGCCUUUCCUGUCAUUGCGAGCUUGUCUUGUGUCUGCUCUUUCCCAGUGUUUGUUGUAAAUGAAGUGUCCCCACCUUCUGCCUCUUGUCUUUAUCUCAUGUUAAGCCGUUCUCAAAGGUGCUUCUGCAGUCUGAUGGUAUGAUUGUCUUCUUUCUAGCCAGAGUGUGAACGAUACGCCUAGAGGUCGACAGUGUUAUAAUGCAGGUCUAAUUUAUGUAAAUACUGGUAUGUUUUAAAAUAUAUACAAUAUUUAAAUAAAGAAUCUAGUAUUUAUACUAAAA